AUGAGUAAGCUUGUUGGGCUUGAAAUGAAGGAUGGCAGUAUUAAAUAUUUGUGGAAAGAAAAAAACGUAUAUAGUCCAUGGAACCCUUUCUCUUUUAUAGCACCAUGGGUUUCUUCGUAUAAAAAUCCAAACUUGAUGUACAUUGACCUUAAAGGAUGUCAUUCCCUAGAAAGGUUUCCAGAUGUCUCGGGGGCACCAAAUAUCCGGUUUCUGAAUUUGGCAUUUUGUGAGAACAUGGUGGAGGUUGAUGAGUCUGUGGGGAGUCUGAAAAAUCUUAUUCUCUUGGACAUGAGUAGAUGCCAUAAACUCAAGUGUCUCCCAUCCAUGCUCAAGACGAAAUCCUUGAUGACCCUCAAUCUGUGUGGGUGUUGGUCUCUUAAAAGAAUUCCAGAAUUCUCGCCAUGUAUGGUCAAUCUAUCUAACCUAUUAAUUAGAAAUUGUUCAGAAAUAGAAGAAGUGCCAUCGUCUAUAAAAUCUCUCUCUAACCUAAGGAACUUGAAUCUUACUGGAUGCACAAGUCUUAAGAUUAUUCCAAACUCAAUUUCGGAGUUAAAGUGUCUCCACACCCUUGGCCUCUGUGGUUGUAAGUAUCUGCAGACAUUGCUGGAUUUUCAAAGCAUGGAAAGUCUGGAAGUGCUUAUAAUAGACUCGAUCAAUAUUCAUGGUUUGACAAAUUCCCGUUACUUGAGAAAGUUAGAACUUCUUGGUGAUUUGGGAGACAAUGAUUUCCCCACAAAUCUGCAUGGACUUUCCUCCUUGGAAGAAUUAUUUAUAACUUCCAACUCUGACUUAAUCCAAUUACCUGAAAGCAUCUCUCAUCUUUCUACUCUUAAACACCUCUCGAUCUGCAGAUGUAGUCGACUUCAAACUUUACAUGGCCUCCCAGAAGGAAUAAAUGUAUUGACAGUAAAAGAUUGCCCAUCACUGAAAAAGAUUGAUGAUCUGAAUAUAAAGUACAAGUGUUUGAAUAGCAUUCAAAUCUCUGGCUGCGGGAGAUUUGACCAAUCUUAUACUGCCAUAUAG